GUACUGUAGUACAAGCUAAAGAUUAUUUACAUCUUAGCUUCUUUGGAGUCUUCGCAGUCGCAUCAGCACACCAGCGCUAUCGGUUCUACUCUCGUUGCUUGAUGGAUCUCGAACGACGCGAAACCUUCGGCAAGCUCGCACAGCGUGGAGUUCAUCAAUCCACGUCGAAGGGGCUUUUCAUUUCGCAGAAACCGUUGUGCCUACGGUACAAUCAUAGCAACAUCAACAUCAUCUAAUACGGUCGACCAUGUCUGAAGUGGCAAGCAAGAUGAGCAAGAUGCAAACAAGUAUCAUCACCAUCGUCGUUCUUUCGGUUCUCCUACUUGUAGCAAACGCCCCAGCAGCGCUAAGGACUGUUGGAAACUUACAGCACGGGCUGGCACUGCGAAAACGCAAUCCCGUCGUCGUGGAAUGGGAUAUCCAAAACGAACUGAUUGUUCCGCGGGUUGUAGUGGAAGGUGUUUCGUAUGCACUGAAAGAUGUUACUGGCAACAACACCAACAUAUCCAUUCCAAAGAAGCUAUCCAAAUCUUUGCCACUCCCAAAGCCAGUGAUUGUUGUCGGUAUGCCAAAGACAGGCACCACCACCAUCAAGUCCUUCUUCCAGCAAGCUGGCUAUCGAUCAUCGCAUUGGCGAUGUCAAUCUCAGCUAACCGAUCACAACGAAACUGCGGAGGAGGAAUUUUGCGGAACUUGCAUCCGAAAUGCUAUCAACCAGUCUCUCCCUCCUCUACAAACCUGCGGAGGAUACGAUAUGUGGGCACAAUUGGAUUUCACUCUUCCUCCCGACAACUGCAUCUUUCCUCAAGUCAUCUACCUUGAAGAAAUUCAUCAGGAGUCUCCUCGAGCCACUUUUCUGCUAAACCGCCGAAACAUGUCGCAUUGGUUUCAUUCCGUGGAUAACUUUCAUCAUUUAGGCAAGCGCCUGAUCCAAUGUCAGGGUCAAGGAGGAACACCGAUGUUGGUUCCCGCAUUUGAAGGACCAGAGGAUAAGGACGCGUAUCAGGAUGCAAUCGUUGCAUGGAACCAACACCAUGUUCAGGCAGUACGGGAAUUUGUCCACCGCCAUCCCAGCCACGCCUUGAUUGAAAUCGAUAUUGAAGAUCCAGGUACAGCAGAGUACAUGGCAAGUCUCUUUCAAACUACGGCCGAGUUCUGGGGGCACAAAAAUCAGCACAAGAGUGUGGAAGACACCAAUGCCACAGAAGCAGAAUCGAAUUGAAAUAAAUUAAAAAAAACUUAACUAAGAGUUAGGGCAUAAGGCAGCUA